AGAAAUACGGAAGUUUUAGAUUAAUGGGAGAAGGAAUACCAUUUAAAAAUGGAGAGUAUUCUAAUUCUGGUGUAGGUUCAUAGGUAAAAACUCUAACGGCAAUGAUGGGGCACAUGAACUAUGGUGGGACAAUGUCGGAGACUGCAUCUGCAUGCAACCUUGCGUGGAAGGAUUUGACUGUAACGAUCGCCCUCAACAACGCCAAAACACACACAAUUCUCAACCAACUCUCUGGCUAUGCUCACCCACGAACCUUAACAGCCCUCAUCGGACCUUCCGGCUCCGGCAAAACCACGCUGCUCGACGCCUUAUCCGGCCGCCUUGCCCCCAACGCCUUCCUCUCCGGUGCCAUUCUCCUCAACGGCCGUAAGGCCAACUUAUCUUUUGGGACCGUCGCAUAUGUAACACAAGACGAAAGCUUGCUUGGGACUCUAACAGUGCGAGAAACAAUUGCAUAUUCAGCUCGAUUCCGCCUCCCCGAUAGGAUGAGCUGGUCUGAGAAAUGCGAGAUCAUAGACAGCACCAUCCUAGAAAUGGGACUUCAAGACUGUGCUAAUACUGUCAUAGGCAACUGGCACUUGCGAGGGAUCAGCGGAGGCGAAAGGCGAAGAGUCAGCAUUGCACUUGAGAUCCUCAUGAGGCCAAGAUUGCUCUUUCUUGAUGAACCAACUAGUGGACUAGACAGCGCCGCAGCAUUCUUUGUGACUCAGACACUACGCGGAUUGGCUAAACAUAACCGGACAGUUAUAGCGUCAUUCCACCAGCCUAGCAGUGAAGUGUUUGAGCUGUUUGACAAACUAUGCUUGCUUUCUCGUGGUACAACUGUCUACUUUGGCGAAGCUUCAAAAGCUGACGAGUUCUUUGCCGGUGCCGGUUUCCCUUGCCCUGAAUUCAGGAACCCGGCUGAUCACUUCAUCCGUUGCAUCAACUCCGACUUCGACAAAGUCAAGGCAACUCUCGGAGAAUCAAUGAAGCUGCAGUUUGAGGCAGACGAUGAUCCUCUAGGGAAAAUGAGGGCAGCUGAAGCUAUCGAAAUGCUUCUAGACUCUUAUCGUAGCUCCGAAUAUUGUUGUUCAGCAAAUGAAAAGAUUGAGGAAAUAUCCAAAGUUAGAGGAAGUGUUGUAGAUUUUGGAGGGAUUGACGAUGGGGCUAGUUUGGUGAGACAAGUAAUCCCAUUGACACAACGGUCGUUUGUUAAUAUGUGGAGGGAUUUGGGGUAUUAUCGGCUGAGGCUUGCGGUAUACAUCGUGGUCAUAAUCAGUGUUGGAACCGUUUACUUUGACUUAGGAACUGCGUAUAGUUCCAUCAAGGCGAGGGGAGCAUGCACGGCUUUCGUUUUUGGUUUUAUAACCAUGAUGUCCAUUGGAGGUUAUCCUUCUUUUGUGGAGGAUAUGAAGGUUUUCCAAAGGGAGAGGCUGAACGGGCACUAUGGUGUGGGUGCAUUUGUUAUAAGCAACAGUUUUUCAUCAAUGCCAUAUUUGAUUGUGAUAAGUUUAGUGAGUGCAACAAUUUGCUACUUCAUGGUGGGUUUAUGGCAUUAUACAUUCUUCGUAUUGUGCCUUUAUGCAUGCACGAGUGUGACCGAGAGCCUCAUGAUGGCCAUAGCUUCUCUUGUUCCUGAUUACCACUUGGGGGUCGUCAUCGGCGCCGGAAUUCAGGGAAUAUUUAUGCUUGCAUCUGGCUUUUUCCGGCUCCCAAAUGACAUGCCGAAGCUUGUUUGGCGCUAUCCCCUCUCGUACGUCAGUUUUCAAUUCUGGGCUUUACAGGGACAAUACAAAAAUGAUCUGAAAGGAUUGAUGUUUGACGCCAUAUCACCUCUUCUUCCCAAAAUCUCAGGAGAGUUCAUUUUAACAAACGAAGUUCAAGUGGACGUUCAUCAAUAAAAAUGGGUGGAUCUCAGCAUUAUAUUCAGCAUGCUCAUCAUAUACAGGCUCGUCUUCUUCAUAAUGAUCAAAGCCAAUGAAGACGGCAUACCAUGGAUUCGACGUUAUAUUGCAACCCAAAGAAUACAACGCAUAAAUAAUACUAAUAAAAUUUCUGUUUCUACUUAAACUGCUCAAAUUACUUUUAUUAGUAGUAUUUUUCUUGUACGAUUCCUACAGCCUUAAAUAGAGUUGGUUUCAGUGAGUGGAGUUUAGUCUUAAUUUGUUUAUGUGUUUGUCCGUCAAUUAAUAUAAUACAUGGAUUAAGU